AUGGCAAUGAGCUGGAUGCUUCCUGCGCGUGCUGCCCAGGCUGUGCUUUCUAUUGUCGUUCUUGGACUCAUGGCGUAUGUAUCGUCAUGGUGGUCAAGUCAUUGGCGACAGUCGUCUCCAAUCGAGAUCAACUACCUAAUCUUCGCGCCAGCCUGGAGUCUUCUGACGCUCGCUCCUUUGAUGCUCAUCUCGCUGGGCAAAUUCACCCACUUGGCAGAACAAACCACGAUGAAGUGGGCUUUGUUGGGCAUUGAAGGCAUGACGAUGCUCUUUUGGCUCAGUGGGUUUGUCUCGCUAGGCGUGUUUUUGAACGGUAGAAUCUGCUUUGGCAUGGUCUGCGAUGUAGCUCGUGCAAGCACAGCGCUUAGCGCUAUCUCGUGGUUUACGUGGAUGGCCACCUUCGGGCUUGGUGUGAUGUCAAUUAUCAAGGGACGCAAGGCUGGACCGGCGAGCGCUGGGAAGAAGCCAUAUGGAAACGAGGAGAUCAAAAUGCAUCAAGGUGUAUAG